AUGGCUGAUUCUCUUUCGACAUCCCAGACUAGCGGCCCCGCAUCUCCUAGUAACCUCGUUCCUCAUAUUUCUACUCCUGGCGACGAAUUACAUCCUCCCCCCCCGACAGUCCCGUACACUGGCACUGAUUGUGUUGAAGAACCCACAACUCUGUUUCAAAGGCCCCGUACUGUGGACAAACUGCAGGGCUCUACCCCUGGGUCAGCCAAGGCUUCCGCACAACAGAUUUUGGCUGUGCAAGGCAUAGAGGGAGAAGCUCUGAACGCCUGGCGGAAAAGACUGAGUAAGGAGAUGAAGGACAUAAUGGUACAGAUGCCAGUUUCGGAUUUGUUACGGCGUUACGUUCGUGGAAAAGAGCCCACGGCUGAAAUUAAAGCUAAACUCGCCGAAAUCACGCUCAACAAGGACAAUUUCACGGUGCAAGAGCGGCAUAUGUACAAUGAUCUUUGUGUGUUCCUACAAGCCGUUUCAGAUCUCUGUUCAGAGGGCGGCGCAUUGGAGUUCAAGCUUGUGGCGAAGGAUACGGGCGCGAAUCCAGACACCAGCAUUGGCGGCAAUGGCAGCAUGAAGAAACCAGAUAUCUCGAUAUUGCCAGAACAAGAUGAGGCUUCUGCGAUAUGUCAGCCCGCGAAGAAGGCAAAGAAGGACACGGCAAAUACGGAGCAGGCGCAGACGCCAUUCAAGGCGGCUACAUCCUGGCAUCGGGCCUCCUUGGUCAUCGAGUGCAAGAGCUCCAAAUCAAAGAAACUCCCGUUCUCAUUCCGCCCAGCGAGCACUGACAAGUCGACGAAGGCAUCGGGGAGUUCUGAAAAGUCGACAAAGGUGUCGGGGACUUCUGACAAGGAAUGCGAUGGCGCGGCACCCAGUCCGCAAGCAGAGAAGAAUGACUUCCUUCUCCAAAAAGAGGGCGCCAUCGAAUCGAGGGGCCAGCUCAGCGACUAUGCGAUGCGUCUGAUGCGGAGCCAGCCUCGGCAAUUUUGCUUCAUGGUGGUCGUCGCGGGCUGCUACGCACGUAUACUCCGAUGGGAUAGAGCUGGGGCCAUCGUGUCCGAAGCAUUCGAAUUCGUCGAGGACCCGUCGAUUAUGGUCACGUUCUUGUAUAACUACAUGACGAUGACGCAAGAAGAGCGUGGAUUCGACACGAGCGUUGUUGCAGCGCCGCGCCACGAAAUCGACGAGAUGAUAGCGUGGAAAGUUGGCAUGGUGGAGGACGGCAGGCUGUCGGACUAUCACACGGAGCGCUUCAAGGAGGCGAUGGAAACGAAAUGGCCAAUCUACAAAGUGACGAUCCCCCGCGAAGACCUCAUCUCGGCCGCAGAACUUGGGCGUAAAGUCAACAAGGCUGGUGCGCCCAAGGAUUCAUCGCAAUCAGGUUCGGACAUUCCUGCAGAGGAUCUGACGCUGCUAAUCGGAAGACCUCUGAGCAUGAGCAAUUCGCCGACGGGUCGUUCGACGAUCGGAUAUGUGGCAUUCGAUAUGCGUGGAAAGCGACUGGUAUUCAUGAGGGAUUCGUGGCCGCUUGAUUCGCCACUGCGGACAACAGAGCGCACUGUCUACAAGGAUCUGUGGCAGAAAAGGGUGACGAACAUUGCCAGACCCAUCAGCGGUGGGAUAGUCAAGAACGGCGACAAGAUCCACAGGACAAUAACGCAGAAAUAUAGGAACACCGUGCACGGAAACGACACGAGAGCGCGCAUCCAUUUCCGUCUGAUCACUGAUGAGGUUUACGAACCACUGGAUAACUGCAAGUGUUCGUAUGAGCUCAUUCUCGUUUUGAGCGACGCGAUAAAAGGCAAGUCGCACCAUAAAGCAUGGACUAAGGCCCGCAUCCUACACUGUGACAUCAGUAGGGCCAAUAUCAUGGUCAAGCGUACUGGGCCCAAAGUCGGACAAGUUGUAGGCAUCCUCAUUGACUGGGACUUGUGCAAGUACAAAGACCAACUGAAUAAGGGAUCGAGCAACCCUACUCAUUCGGGAACGUGGCAGUUCAGCUCAGCCAUGCUCCUGCAGUACCCUAUGAAAUUGCGCCAGGUAUCGGACGACCUCGAGUCCUUUGUCCACGUCCUCCACUGGACGAUCCUCAUGUGGUACAAGCACAGUCUGUCUGGCUCUUCCAUCGAGCUCCUAAUGUCGCGACUUGAGACCUACGACCAAUUCGAGACCUUUGUGGACUAUGACACGGGCGGAUUUGAUAAAUUCAACUACAUGCGUUGGGGGGAAUUGCCGUUCGCAGAUCUGUCGUCCGAGCCUCUGAAGGCGUUGACCGAGAAUCUGGCAGAAAUAUGCAAAGAGCAUUACAACGCAUCGUCUACGAAGGAGCAGAUCGCAAAGCUUGAGGAAAUCAAGAAACAAAAGCGCAAGAAAUUCGAAUCGCAGUCCCCAGUGGCCCCAGUCGAGAUUGAUAUUUUCGUUCGCGGCGACGAUCCCGCGGAACAUUCGGGAUCCCAAGAAGGCGCUGAGAGCUCUGGCGGGGAAGGCGACGAGAGCUCUGGCGAGGAAGGCGACAAGAGCUCUGGCGGGGAAGAUGCACGGGCGCUGCUCGACACUAGUGCUAAGCCCAAACUACGGGGGCAUUCCUGGAUCUUGAAAGCAUUCCGGUCAGUUAUCGAAAACAUGGAGAAGAACCGCUACACGCAAAUCACCAUCGAUAAGGUGGAUAAACCACAGUUCACGCCAGCCACAGAAUCAGCCACGCAACACAGCACGAGGAGUCAGAAGCGACCAUCGCAAUCGUCGGGCGAAUCAACUUGCUCAAGCAAGAAAGCCAAAACGACGCACGGGACACGCACUAUGAGCUCCUCUAUGGGCACCAUAUUUGAGGAGGAUUAGCACUCCGGCGGCGAAACUUGAUGCACGCCGGUGCUGGGCUUUGCGAUUGGACAUGAUGUGGAUGUUGGUUUGUUUGGAAGCACUUUUGACUCCGUUCCCUUGUAUCAUCACUGACAUUGCCGAGUAGAUGGUGGUAUGUAUGAAUCUCCUCGUUUCCCGUAUGUAUAGUCGACGUGCUCGUUUGGUUUCGAAUGCUAUUAUUUGUCUAUGA